AGCUGAUAUACAACAAGCGCAACCAUGCAUAUUCUGGUCGUCAACGACGACGGCCCUCCGUCGAAUCAGUCCUCGCCUUAUGUCCACUCCCUCGUGAGUCUGCUCCAAGCAGCGGGGCAUACUGUCUCUGUAGUGCUGCCACACAAGCAAAGGUCAUGGAUUGGAAAGGCACACAUGGUUGGCGCGAAUGUGAAGCCGACGUAUUUCCGGCCAGGAACACUACACAAGGAUGAUGGAACCACUCACUCUCGGCCACUGCCUCCCGGCGCCGAGGGCGAGGAAUGGGUUUUGGUGGACAGCACACCUGCCAGCUGUGUCCAAAUCGGUCUCUAUCAUUUUUUCCAAGACCGCGGCCCCGUUGACCUAGUUGUCUCGGGCCCCAACUAUGGCAGAAAUUCCACUGCUGUUUUCGGUCUUUCUUCAGGAACCAUUGGAGGUGCGAUGGAAGCCGCCGUGUGCAGGAAGAAGGCAAUCGCAUUGUCAUAUGCAUUCUUCUCUCGCAAUCACGACCCUGUUAUUAUCGCUGGUGCUUCGCGUCUGUCGGUCAGGUUGAUUGAAUACCUCUACAACAACUGGGAUCCAAACACUGAUGUUUACUCUGUCAACGUCCCGUUGCUCGAGAAUGUAGAGAAGAGUAAAAUCCUCUAUACGCCGGUCUUGCAGAAUUACUGGUCUGCAGGACGAAGCUCGUUUCAAGAAGUCGAGGUGGAAGAUGAAGACGACAAUGCAGAAGAGCACGAAGAGCAUAUUCGGCAGGAAGAAGCGGUGUCUGGUGGGGCAAGCGCCCAGAAGCAUACCAGACAUAAACACAAGCAUUUCAAAUGGGCGCCAAAUUUCUCAGAUGUUUAUCAGAGCGUGGAAGAGAGUGCGCCUGGAAAUGAUGGCUGGGCUGUCCAGAGAGGAUAUACAAGCGUCACUCCACUAAAGGCCAAUUUUAUGCAUGCGGGCCAGACGACGGGAGAGAUUACAUUGCCCACAGAAGCAUCACUUCCUCUACGAAAUCUCCAGUCGUCGACACCAACAUCCAUUUCAGCCAACAGCCAUCCUUUCUCGACGAAGCAGAUUCCUCACUUUUACGCACACAUUGAGUACGAAGACGCCUACGUACAGCCGCUUAUCCUGGCCGCUAUAAAACGAAACCUUGACCCAUCGACAUACACCCUCGUGAACUCCUUCUCCGACAUCCCGAACCCAGAGUCGGACCGGAUCCUGCAAAUAGCCGCGUACGAAUCUCUCGCGUUCGAGCACCUCUUCAGCCACCCAAAGACCAUUCUCGCAAACUCGUACGUCAUCCGAAAAGCUCUCAUCCGAAAACACUUCCUCUCCAGCACCAUCACGACGUGGACUACCAAGCACCCGGACUCUGUUCUCAAGCAGCAUACCAAACCCGCUGUCCACUUUGAAGUCGAUUAUGCCGAAUUCCUCGACGACGCGCUCGUCGAUGCGUUUGAUCUGCACGAAUCAUGGGCUCGCAAUGCGCAAAUAGACGACCCCCGCCAACGCGAGUGGUGGAUCCUCAAGCCCGGCAUGAGCGAUCGCGGCCAGGGUAUCCGUCUGUUUAGCACCGAAGAGGAAUUAACGUCUAUUUUUGAACAAUGGGAAGAGGAACAGCCUGAUUCUGACGACGACGAGGAGGCGGAGGAUGAGUCCGAUAACCGGUCAGAUAAACAACAUGAUGGUGAUGAUGACGACGACGACGCCGCAGGCCCAAUCAUCACCUCCCAGCUCAGACACUUCAUUGCCCAGCCAUACAUCCACCCUCCUCUCCUCCUGUCCUUUCCCGACCAGCCCCCCGAGCAUCAAGCCAGUAAAUUCCAUAUCCGGGUGUACGUCCUCGCCGUCGGCGCGCUCAAAGUCUACGUGUACAAUCACCCCCUCGCGCUGUUCGCCGCCACGCCGUAUCAAGCUCCUGGGGCCGACUCUGGCCACGACGACGACCACGACCCAAACGCCAAUCUCGGCGCCCAUCUGACAAAUACGUGUUUCCAAUCCAGCCCCACCGAGUCCUCGGUGCGGCGCUUCUGGGACUUGCCUGAUACUGUCGUAUCUGACCGUCCUCUGGAUAGCGCUUCUUCGGGACCACUAUACACUUCAGCCUCAACUUCGGCCUCAACUUCAACUUCAACUUCAAUUUCAGCGGAACGGGAACGGGAACGGGAACGGGACAUCGAACCGGAAUCAACACGAGGACGUGUAGCAGAUUCAGUAUCUAACAAACCGGGCUGGAAAUCCCACGUCUUCGACAGCAUCUGCCGAGUGACAGGGGACCUGUUCCUCGCGUCUGCGCGCUCGAUGCCGACGCACUUCCAGCCCCUGCCCAACGCGUUCGAGCUCUACGGGCUCGAUUUCCUCGUCGAUGCAGACGCCAAUGCGUACCUGCUUGAAGUCAAUGCCUUUCCGGACUUUGCGCAGACGGGCGAGGACUUGAAAGGUGUCGUCCAGGGUCUGUGGGAUGCGGUGGUGCAGCAGGUUGUGCGGCCGUUUUUUGAUAAACCGGAUCGGAAGGAGGAAGAGGAGAAGGAGGAAGAGGAGAAGGAGGAAGAGGAGAAGGAGGAAGAGGAGAAGGAGGAAGAGGAGCCUGCAAGGAAGAAGCAGAGUAGAGAAAAGGAUGCGCUGACAAUGGUGCUGGAUGUUGAUCUCGGUAGGGGAUAGAGAGAGAGAGAGAGAGAGAGAGAGAGAGGAAAUAAGGGGAUGGGGUAGUAGACGGGUAGCAGAUGAGUAAUAGGUGUACUGGAGAGCUUGAUGGCCUGGUUAGAAGAUGAUGAUAUGAUAAAAAAAUGGUGGUUUAAAAUCUACGAAUGAUAAUAGUUAAAAAUUAAAAAGAGAAAAUUU